AUGAACAUCAAAGAGAUCUCUCGGCAAAGCCUUCGUCAGGAUGUCCGCAUGCUGUCCUUCACUGGAGACAUGACUGAUUGCCAACACUCCCUCUUCUGUCAAAAUCCUAAGGAAAUGAUGCCUUACGUCAAUGUGCUUACUGUUACCUGAACUAAGUGGAUUUUCAGCAAGUGCAAUCGCACCCUCGUUGUCUUCGCGUACUUGAAUCUUACCAAGUUUCUCACUAGGCGUAAAUAACUCUAGCAUUCCAUUGACAAACAGAGCCUCUUUUACACCAUCACCCAUCGCAACAUACUCUGCUUCAGUCGUUGACAGUGUGACACAUUUCUGCGUCCUAGAAAUCCAAGCAACAAGACAGUCAGCUACAAGAACUAGUGCUGCCGAAAUUAAUUUACGGUCAGUGGCCUUGCUAGCAAAACCAGCGUCUACGUACACCAACGUGCCUACGUCUACCAUAGUGUCCUGCUUGUACUUCAAAGUUAGAUGUACCGCCUCCAGAAGAUAAUUUAGAAUCUUCUGAGCCGCCUUCCAGUCAGUGGUUUUUCUUUGGCUCGUGAGAGCGCCUCGCCACCACCCGCACAGCAUUUGAGAUGUCGGGCCUCGUCUGGUUGGCGAUCCACAUCAGGCUCCCCACCUCUCGGAACGGCACAUCCCCUGCCGCUCAUCCUCCAUCACGGACCUGUAAUCACGAACAGGGGAAGCAGGGAUCGAGCUGAUGCGACAAAAUAUUGCAUCUCUCGACAACGCUCCUGAUGUAACUCUCUUGAGAAAUCUCAAUUGUGCCAGCCUCGCGGUCGCGAAUGAAUCCGCAACAAACCAAAGAACUUGACCUCACGCAAAUUCUUUGGUUGGAAGAGAGUCACCUAGCGGUUCCGCAACCAUCUUGGCGAGCCUCUCAGUUUUCUGCAUACCGAAUGUCAUCCACAUGAACCGGAAUCAUACCCAUCACCUCGUCUCCCAUCAUAAAACGAAGAACACAAGGGGUCAGACAGAGACUGUUCGAAACCGAUCCUCUUCAGGUCCAACACAAGUCUCUUGUGAAAUGUUCUACAUGCCUGCCUCAGUCCAUACAAACUCUUGUCUACACGGACGACCUUUCCUGACAUCAACUCGCAGCCAGGAGGCAACUUCAUGAACACCUCGUGAUCCAAAAGCGACUGAACAAACACUUGCUCAAUAUCAAAGUGGAGAAAUUCCAAACUACACUUGCACGCCAAUGCUACCAACAAACGAAUCGAUGCAGCAUUUGCAGUAGGCGAGAAAGUCUCAAGAUAAUCCACACCAUGCUUCUGCUUGAAGCCCUUCGCUACAAGCCUAGCCUUGGCCUUCACUAUCUUACAUAUUUCAUCUGCUUUUCAUUUGUAGAUCCAUCUAGCAUCUAUCACGUUACAGCCUAUUAGAGCCUUUGCUGCUAACACGAACGUUCCUGCCCUUAGCAAUCCUUCAAAUUCUGCAGACAGACGUGGCCUUGUCCCAAAUCGUGGCGUACUUCGACCGGCGGGCUUCUUGAUUGCUACCAGAUUCUGGCUCUACGUCCUGAAUGAACACUUUUGGCAAUUCCAUUUCAUCAGAUGCUCUCUGUUCCACCAAGAGCUCCUCUCCUAUUUCUGAUGCGGAGAUGGGUCCUAGAGUGGCCAUGAGGCCGGAUACGCUUUGCUGAUUUACUGCCUGGGUUUGCGCCCGGGUUCUGCCUGUUCUUACUUCAUCAUUCUCACUCACAGCAGGGUUGUAACUAGCAAGCUCAACCAACUCUUGAUCCAAACCUUCCUGAUCCUCCGACUCUACUGUACCUCCUGCCCUCCCGGACCCGCCGAUUCUACCUCCCCUGUUUCCGGCCCUCCCUCAUCCGUGAACUCGGCUGCUGGAGAACACGCAUAGGGAGACGCACAACUAGGUUGAUCAGACCUCUCCCGCACCAGUCUUCUUGUACAAUCCCCGGGGACGCAGUAGAAGACCGGCGCUCUGCGCUAUAGCGUGUGGGUAAACUCGUGGCUUCUGGGGAAAAAAUGUUGUAUUAUGAGACCAUGGCUCGAGAGACAGGGUAGCAGAUGGAGUGGGCGUGGUGGGCGAGAGUGGCAAGCACCUCAGCACCACCAGCCAUGUCCCUCGGUCAACGCAUAAAACCAGAACACAAUUCUCAGAACAGCUAGCAUACCCCCAACGAAUACUCGGAGUAAUGCACAGUCCACAGAAGAACAUUCCUACAGUCUACCAAGAACGUUCUACUGUUCCUAAUUGUGUGGCCGUUCAACGAUCCAGGACGACACAGUCCCGUGAUUCAAACCGUCCAAUCAACGAAGAUAUUCUACGGCACUCUGUCUACACAUACAGCAGCACCUAUCAC